AUGCCGUCCAACAAAUCCGUCUCGGACGCGCCCAUCGUCCAGUUCACCAACUGCCGCAUCCUGAGGAGCCACCAGCUCCAGAGGGAGGACCUGUGGGUGCGAGAGGGGAAGAUCCUCAACCCGGAGAAACUCUUCUUCGAUGAGAAGGGCUCUGCUGACAUCCAGCUGGACUGCAAGGACAGCAUCAUCGCCCCGGGCUUCAUCGACGUCCAGAUCAACGGAGGCUUUGGGGUGGACUUCUCCCUGGCUACAGAUGACUUCAAAUCAGGGAUUGAUCUGGUCAGUCAGAAAAUCCUCUCCCAUGGAGUGACGUCCUUCUGUCCCACCCUGGUGACGUCUCCUCCAUCUGUGUACCACCAGGUUCUCCCUCAGAUCAGUAUAAGAAAUGGUGGAGCCCACGGAGCAGGUAUCCUGGGGGCCCAUCUGGAAGGACCAUUCAUCAGCAAGGAGAAGAAAGGGGCGCACCCGGAGCACUGCCUUCGCACCUUCGAGGCAGGUGCCUUCCAGGACUUGCUUGCCACCUACGGGUCCCUGGACUGUGUCCGGAUAGUCACCCUGGCCCCAGAGAUGAAGAGGAGCAGUGAGGUGAUCCAGGAACUCACCAAGCGGGGCAUCUGUGUCUCGCUCGGGCACUCGGUGGCUAAUCUCUCCCAGGCUGAGGAGGCUGUGCAGCACGGCGCUACCUUCAUCACUCACCUCUUCAAUGCCAUGUUGCCGUUCCACCAUCGUGACCCUGGGAUCGUGGGGCUGCUGACGAGUGACAAGAUUCCUGCUGGACGGAGGGUCUUCUACGGCAUGAUCUCUGAUGGCAUCCACACCAACCCUGCCGCCCUGCGAAUCGCCCACCGAGCCCACCCCAAAGGCCUGGUGCUGGUGACGGAUGCGAUCGCUGGCAUGGGGCUGGCACCAGGUCGGCACACGCUGGGUCAGCAGGUGGUGGAGAUCGAUGGGCUGAACACCUACAUUGCAGGCACAAAGACCCUGAGCGGUAGUGUGGCGACCAUGGACACAUGUGUGCGACACUUCCAAGAAGCCACAGGGUGCUCAGUAGAGACCGCGUUGGAGGCAGCGUCUCUGCAUCCCGCCCAGCUCCUGGGGAUUGAACCCAAAAAGGGGACGCUAAAUUAUGACUCCGAUGCAGAUUUCCUGAUGCUGAAUGACAGUCUGUAUGUGCAAGCCACGUACAUCGCGGGUGAGGAAGUCUGGAGACAAGAUGCGUUAGGCAUGUGACGCUGGGCUGUCCUGGUGCCCUCCGAGGCUCCCUGGCACUGUGGUUAGCAGCUUUGGUAACCACCCCACUUCUCUUUUUUUUUUUAACUCCUUCCUGCAACUCCCUUAAAGGAGCCUCAUACCAAAGAGCUGCGUUUUCCAGCGCAACCGCUGCUUCCAGUUACAGCCAUGACUGCAACAAAUUUGUUGGUGCUCAGUUGGCGGAGUGGGGAAAGCAGGCAGAUCUGUGUUGGGGGGGAUUGUUAGUCCCCGGAGCGACCUGAAGGACUGCACAGCUGUCCUGCAUGGAGUCCCCAGACAGAGGUGCUCCUGUCGCCGUCUUACAGCAGUGUGAAGCUGUCCCAGCCUUUGCACUGUUUUAUACAGCACACACUAACCUGCCCCAUGCCCACGGCAGGCUCAAGCCAUUUCCAUUCCUCUGCCUGCUGUUUGUCUCGCUCCCGGGCAGCCGUGGCUGGUUACACAUCAGCUCCCACCAGCUCAGCUCGCAGCUCUUCACGUUAAAAGGUUCCUCUUGUGUCAGCAGAAGUUGAGGAUCACGUUCGGAUCUCCUGGCAGUCCCUCUGUUGUGUGUCCUCCGGAGCAAGGCUGUCACAGCUCGCCCACUCGGUGCCAUUGUGAGGCUGUGAAUCCAUGUGGGCUGAAUCCUCAGGGCAGAGAUCAAACCCAGGAAAAAUGAGGCAUUGCUGGUCCUUUGUGCCUU